UUAUAAAUUGAGGUCAUGGGUCUCUUCAGAAAGCUCGUGCUCAAGAGUCUGAUAGAAUAUUAUCGUCACCCUCGAAUACAUCAAUCUUCAGUCCUGCUUCAUUUCUUUCCCGUGAAAAAAAUGUCGUGCUGUGGAGGAAACUGCGGUUGCGGAUCUGGCUGCAAGUGCGGCAGCGGAUGUGGAGGAUGCAAGAUGUACCCUGACAUGGGCUACACAGAGAAGACCACCACCGAGACCCUUGUUCUUGGCGUUGCUCCCCAGAAGGCACACUUCGAAGGAGCUGAGAUGGAGGUGGGAGCCGAGAAUGGCUGCAAGUGCGGAUCGAACUGCACCUGUGACCCAUGCACUUGUAAAUGAGAGAGAAAUCGUAGCCUAUGAAGCAGAGACGGCCUUUGACUUUGAAAACUAAUAAAUAGCGAUUAUAUAUAUAUAAUAUAAUAUAUAUGUGCGUGUUUCGUGUUAUAAGGUGUUUUUAGAAACUCCUUUUGAAAUUAGUCUAAUAAAGUAGCCGUGGAUCUGUCUUUCUGCAAAUCUUACUAGUCUAAGGUUUGCUCCAAACCAUGGCUACUUGGUGCAUGUUUUCUUUGUAUAAAAAUAGCAGUGGUAAUUUAUGUAUGAUGCGAGUCUCUGCUGCGAUGGGGUAAUUUAUGUAUGUGGGAGGAAGAGAGUUUUUUGAUUAUCGAAUGGAAACUCUUUCUUCUAUCUGA